AUGAGCAAUUAUCACCCCCCGAAUCAAGACAUGUAUCAUAACUCUGUCUCUCGGUCUCCUGGUUCUCAUCGCCAUACUCAGCACCAGACACAACAAUUACAUCGCCAGCCUUCCAGGCAGUUCGACGCGUAUGGCUCUAUGCCCGCCUCCAUGUUCGACGAUUCUCUAUCGCGCUACGAUUCCGCUACACUAGAUAGGAUGCCCCAAACCGUUCAGUCCAGCCAUUUUCCUUACGACGUCACUAGCGCCCAAUCCUGGAAUCCGAAUGGACUGAGUGGUGCACAUACCUUGGGGAGUAUCGGGUCUAAUCCUCUCAGUGCGUCUCUGAGAGGAAGAGCGAAUGUACGGGGAAGAUCCGGCAUUCCAACGACUUGGCUUGACCAGUCCCUUCAAAACGUUUUCCCGCUUGCUCCCGGGCCUCUUCCACCAAAUCCUUUACGUCCUGAAAACAUCAACCACAACCAUGGCCACAAUCAUAACCAUAACCACGAUGGAGAUGAUGAACUUAUUCCAACUGCUAUUGUCAUCAAGAAUAUCCCAUUUGCGGUCAAAAAGGAGCAGCUCAUUCAGCUUAUGACUGAGAUGAGUUUGCCUUUACCGUAUGCCUUCAAUUAUCAUUUCGAUAACGGGGUGUUCCGUGGCUUGGCUUUUGCAAAUUUCACUUCUGCCGAAGAAACUGCCACCGUCAUUGACGUUCUCAACCAUUUCGAUCUGAAUGGGAGAAAAUUGAGAGUUGAGUAUAAGAAAAUGCUCCCGGCGCAAGAGCGCGAGAGGAUCGAACGCGAGAAACGUGAGCGCCGAGGACAACUUGAGGAGCAACAUCGCCCGAUGGCCACUUCACAGCUUCAAAACCAGAAUUCAAUGUCGUCUCUGGCUUCUCACUUGCCAGCGGCUUCACCGUCGCCAGUGUCUCAGCGCCAAAAUGCUCUUGAUAUGAACGACGCCCAAACGUUGCAGUUCUAUUCCCAGCUACUUCUAUUUAAGCAAGAUGCGACUAGAGAAUCGCUGAUUUUUGCCUCUUCUUUGACGCCGCUUCAACGUCGUACCGUCCAUACUUUGGCUCACAACAUGGGACUUGGCCACGCAUCUCGUGGAACCGGCGAGCAACGCCAAGUGCAUGUCUAUCGUGCUUCUAGUACGGACGUGAGCCCACCAAUCCCGGCGAUGCCAACUACCAUUCACUCUGCAGAUUCAGCCCGUCGAGGUCUUAACCGCGCUGCCACAAUUGAUUUUAGCGAGGCAAGAGGCGAUGCUCCAAAUCCCUUUGGUACCCUUCGUGGCCACAAUUCCGGAUAUCUUGGUGUGGUUGACUCAUCCCCCAAUGCCUUCGGGAAUGCCCAGAAUCUUCGUGCUGCGAAGUCUUUUGCAGAUCUUCGUUCGUAUACGCCAUCGCCAGCGCCAUCUUCUGCUAGCUACCCGGCCAUUCUGCAUGCUAACGGCACUCGUCUACACGCUUAUGAUGGCGUUGCUAGCGGAAAUUCGAAUACACCCACUUUGACCCCCGCUCCUGGCUCUUCUAUCGGUUUACAGCGUCCUGACGAUAACUUGUUAGUCAAUAGUCUUGGUGGACUUACUCUUGGUACUACCGUUGCCAGCGGAAAUGCUUCUAGCCCUAGACGACUUCGUUCAAUGUUCUCCUGGGAGCAGCAAGAAACCACUCAGCCCUCCGUAACCGCUCCUAUUGGAAGCAACCGUUCAAUGGGACUUAGUCCUUUUGAUAGUCAAGGCCAAGAACGCCUCCCACUAAGACAACCUCGUGGUCCUAUCCCAGAAAGAGGAUCCGGAUUUCGCAGACCUGGACACCAAUCUCGCAGCAGUGAUGAACUCCAGCAGGGAAGACCCGAAAUUGUUGUUGAAUAA